AUGUCUUCUGGUCUACAUGAACUUGGUGAAACUAGUAAAAGCAAUGAAAAUUUCAAAGAUUUGGUAAGGAAGUACUGUCAUGACGGUCGAAGGUUUAGUGAUGACUGUCAUUAUGCUUUAUACAUCAAAACAUUAGAUCGGAAAAUACCCAACAAAGAAGUACAGCAGAAUAGAUGUAGUCAUUUCUCGGAUAUUGGAGCACUUUGUGAAACAUGUGCAAGACAUCCAUUUGUUAAUGGUACCUGCUUGAAAGUUACCAAUCAGAGGACAGUAUUUGAUUCGAAUAUACUUCAUUCGCUUACAGUAACAGAUUGCAGUACACUUUCACCGGAUGAAACAAUAAUCGAGAAAUUUUGUCGAAUAUGUCACAGUUUUGGUAGUUCCGGAGAUCCGCUUAUUUCUCCAUGUCGUUGUACCGGUUCCUUGAAGUACGUCCAUAUAUCAUGCCUCCUACAUUGGUUGACGAUUUGUGCUCAUAAAUUGAAGCGUCCAGCAGCAUGUGAGCUUUGUCUUUACAAAUACCGCCUACGAAAUGUCGUCGAUUGGCAAAAUUUACGUUUACCAUCGAUUUCAAGACAUGAUUUACGUUAUCUGAUAGUGUUUACCAUAGCUGCUGCGCUAAUGUUCCUGUCCUCAGUUAUAUCAUUGAUUUGUUUUUGCAUUGAAAGGAAUUUAGUAAGAAACGAUACGAUGGAUAGCAGUCCUGAAAUGGUUGUGAAAGCAAAUGGUAGCAAAUGGGAAACUUUGCUGAGCUCAUCCACUUUUCUUCCCGCAUUUAUCUUCUUUCUGUCUUUUUUUGUUGCUAUAUAUGCUCACGUCAAGGCUGGUCAUCCUAUGUAUUAUUCUGGUUACUUCUAA